CUGGGCGCCCUAGAGAUGCAAACCUGUUUUGGUCCAUCUUCCUUUUUCUUUGUUUUGAUCAUUCCUUUUCCGCCACGUUUCUGACGCUUUUUUUCUUCUUCUACAGGAUUAUCAUCUCCUAUUUUUACUUUUUCGAAUUCUGAUGGCAGAUUCUUUUCUAACCACUGCUUACAUUUAUCAUAUUCAGGAUAAUAUUCACAAUACUGGAAUAUAAAAACAGUUUUAAAAAAAAAUCUUCCAAAAAUGAAAUAGCAACACCUCUAUUGGCAUACUACAGUUUCCACAAUAGGUCACUUGAAUCGGGUAGGUCACUCUUUCCUUGGGGCCCAUGGCUAAUUUAUCAUCUGUAGCAGUAGUCAUUUUAUUUAAAUUGUUGAUUUGAUCGUUUCAAUACCCUUAAUCACGAAACAUCCCUUGAUUUGAUGUGAUCACCAUUGACUUAAUCAUAACCUCACUUGUCAUGAGAGCUGUCACGAUUAGAUACCGUCCAUGGUUGCCAUUACCACCCGUGAGAGGCAUAGAUGAAUUGGACGGAGAUACAAGUGAGCUGAUUUUUCCAAAGAUUUAUCAACAUUUUCAAAAUUGAUCUGGCAAUUAACGGUACAACGUGGUGUUGAUAGAUCAAGCAAUCAGCUGUUAAUGACAUAAGGCGGAUGGAAGAUGUUUUGAAAAACGUCAUUGGUUUUGAGUGGCAUUAACCAAAUUCCAAAACGGAUAUUAAAAUAUUUAAAUUUGCCCCCUAUAGUAAGCAACAUGAGGAGCAACGUGCUGAAAAGUAGCAUUGAAAAAGCAACAUUCACUAUUAUUUGUCAGGUGUUAUUUAGAUGUAUAAGUUUUAUUUUAAAUGCUUACAUCAUUAGAACUGUAGGCCAAGAUGUUCUAGGUAUUAUGAAUGUAAGAUUGUUGCUUUUAGAAUCAACAAUCUUGUUUCUCUCACAAGAACCCAUAUUCAAAGCUUGUUUAGCAGAUACAACCUCCCAAAACUGGGCACAAAUAGUGAAUCAAGUUUGGAUAUCAGUACCACUAUGUAUCUGUAUAUCAUCAGUAUUGGUUUAUAUCUGGAUAAACUUCUUGAGUACAGUUGACCCUGUAUACCUAUCUCAAUAUAAAAUAGGAUGUUACGCUAUGGCUGUAUCCUGUAUCAUUGAGCAGGUGACUCAGGUGAUGGUAUUAGCAUCACAAAGCUAUUGCUUUGUGAAACUUAAAGUGAUGUUAGAUACAGUCUAUGUAAUAAGCAGAACAAUAAUUUUUGUAUACUUUGUACACAAUAAUCCAAGCUUUGCAUUGAAUGCAUUUUCAAUUGCUCAGGUGGCAUCUUCCAUUAUAUUGCUUUUAUUAUAUGUUGGAUUCUUUGUUUGGUACAUAUCAGCCUUGAAUGAAUUCAAGAAGAAGGAACUGAGUAAACAUGCCAUGUUUUCAGAUAUGACAGAUUUUCCCUUUACUUCUGUAAAAGACUUUCUACCAGGAGUAAUGGCUAAUCAUCAGGAUUCACUACUAGAUAAAAAGACAUGUUUACUGACUGUCAGUUUUCUGAAGCAAUCUGCAGUGAAACAAAUUCUAACUGAAGGCGAGAAAUAUGUCAUGACAAUCUCACCAGUGCUCACCUUUAGUGAACAAUCAAUGUAUGAUAUUGUAAACAAUUUGGGUAGUCUAGCUGCAAGGUUCAUAUUUCGCCCAAUAGAAGAAUCUUCAUAUUUUUACUUUACGCAGAUGAUCAAAAGAGAUGUUCCAUUGGAGGAUCAAAAUCAGGGAAAAAUUUCCGAAUCCGCAGAGGUGGUGGGCCAGCUUGGUAAGAUUGUCACGAGCAUAGGUCUAGUGAUCGUCGUAUUUGGCCAGUCCUAUAGCCAUGCCUUCCUUUAUUUAUAUGGAGGUAAGCAGCUAGUAGAGCCAGAUCUACCUGUACUGCUAAUGCGAUAUCACAGCUUUGCCAUUGUGCUACUUGCUGUCAAUGGUGUUACUGAAGGUUACGUUUUUGCCACUAUGGAUAAUCAGCAAAUAGACAGGUAUAACUAUCUCAUGGUGAUAUUUUCCAUCGUGUUUUUGCUGAUAUCAUACGUCUUCACAUGUACCAUAGGACCUGUAGGGUUUAUUUUAGCAAAUUGCUUCAAUAUGUCAGCAAGAAUCAUUCAUAGCAUAAUUUUCAUUAGAAAAAGAUACAAGAAUACUAGACAUAAUCCUUUGAUAGGAUUUUUUCCAGGAAAGAAAUUCUUAUCUGUCCUUAUACUUUCCGGGAUUCUAGCUAAAAUUUCAGAGAUGGUGAUUUAUGAGAAGUCUCUACUGUUACACAUCUCAAUUGGAGCUGUUUUAUUUGCCACAGUUGCAUUUUUUUGGUGUUUGGAAAAUUUAAAGUCACUAAAAUUAGGUUAUGACAAAUAUAAAAGAAGAGUUUCUCUCAAAAUGGAUUGACGUGUGCCAAAAUAUCACAAAGCCAAAGAUACCUUGUUAAUAAUUGUUCGGGAGUAAACACAAUAGAUUUCAAAUGAACCCUUAGAAAAAAGUUAAUGGCGUCAAAUCAGGAGAUCUAGCAGGCCAUUCAAUAGGCCAUCUUCGCAAUAUCCAUUUUUCUGGAAACUCGUCGUCUAGCCAUUGCCGAACAGGAAGAACAUAGUGAGGAGGAGCGCCGUCUUGCCGGAAAUAUGUAUAUUUCAGCCCCAUCAAGUACGAGUAUAGGGUUUCCAUCCUCUUUGAUUUGGUUUUCAAUGGUUUCAGCGAUAAGCGGAUUGAAGGUAUUUUCCAACAUAUCCAAAUAAAUGUCUCCAUUCAAAUUUCUAUUAAUAAACAAUGGCCCAAUCACUGUGUUUCCUAAAAUGCCUGCCCAUACAUUAAUUUUUUGGGGGUACUGUGUAUGCCCUUCAAAAGCAUGAGAAUUUUCUUUACUC